GCAACACAGCUGCUACAUCCGGGCGCUCUGCUCGGUUUACAAGCCCUGCGAAGAUGGCGACUUCAGGGAGGAGUGCAUUAUUAUCCUCCACAUCAUCUGGACCUAAGAGCACACUGGAGAACUCCAACCCAGAGGAGGAUGACGGACAGGACUUAUGGUCCACCAUCCUGAGUGAAGUGUCAACCCAUUCAAGAUCUAAGCUACCGUCUGGGAAAAAUGUCCUGGUCAUGGGGGAGGUCGGCUCGGGGAAGACCACCUUGGUUGCGAGGCUGCAGGGGGUUGAAGAGUUCAUGAAGGGGCGUGGCCUGGAAUACCUCUACUUCAGUGUCCAUGACGACGACAUUGAUGACCAGACUCGGUGUAAUGCCUGGGUGUUAGACGGAGACCUUUACCACAAAGGUCUGCAGGGAGUAGCCGUGCCAGUGGACUCAAUCGGAAACACAUUGCUGCUGAUAACGCUUGACAUGUCGCGGCCGUGGAACGCCCUGGACUCUCUCCAGAAGUGGGCCGCUGUUGCUAGGGAACACAUCGACAAACUCCGGGUCGCCCCGGAAACGCUGCGGGAGCUGGAGCACAGACUUGUAAAACAGUUCCAGGAGUACACAGAGCCAGGCAGUGGGGAGGAUGGAACCCCACAGAGGAGGAGUGAAGAGGAGGAGAGUGUACUCCUGCCGCUGGGAGACAACACACUCACACACAAUCUGGGAAUACCAGUGGUGGUCGUCUGCACCAAGUGUGACGCCAUCAGCACAUUGGAGAAGGAGCACGACUACAGAGACGAACACCUCGACUUCAUCCAGUCUCAUAUCAGACGUUUCUGUCUGCAGUACGGGGCGUCUCUGGUUUACACGUCAGUGAAGGAGAUGAAAAACCUGGACAUCCUGUACAAAUACCUGGUCCACAGACUCUACGGCUUUCCUUUCCACUGCCCGGCACAAGUGGUGGAAAAAGAUGCUGUCUUCAUUCCAUCAGGUUGGGACAAUGAGAAGAAGAUCGCCAUACUUCACGAGAACUUCCAGUCAGUAAAAGCCGACGACAGCUUUGAGGAAGUAAUAGUCAAACCGCCAGUCAGAAAGAUUGUACAUGAAAAGGAGAUUCAGGCAGAAGAUGACCAAGUCUUUCUGGUAAAACUGCAGUCGCUGCUCGCCAAACAGCCUGCCGUGACAGCAGGGCGACCAGUGGACACCACCAGUAGAGCACCCACCGGCUCCCCCAGGACGAGUAAUCGCUCCGCAGCGGCUAACGUAGCAAACGCCAUGCCACAGUCGGGUCAGACCAGUGAGGGCGUGUUGGCCAACUUUUUCAACAGUCUACUGACAAAGAAGGCAGGGACAGGGGGGCCUGGGACGCCAGGCGGUGGUAACAACACCCCAGGAACAGUACGCAAGUCAGGCUCCAAGCUGGGCCUGAGCGAUGUACAGGCGGAGCUGGACCGCAUAUCCAGCCGGGAGACUGACUCGGACUUACCCAAUGCCAACGAUGCCCCUGCCACCGACGGCCAGGACACAUGAAGACCAACACACUCCACCCUGCUCUCCUCCCCCCUCCCUCCCCCCCUAACCAUCUCAGUCACCUUCCCUUGUCCUUCCUCCCUCCACUCCAUCACAAAGAUGCGGGGAGAAAGAGGGAUCUAGGCACACAGUUUCCCCUCCCCAUCAUCUUUCACUUUCUCCUCAAGGAGAAGAACUCACCCUCUCGUCCCCCAACCCUUUUCCCUACCCUUGUCUCCCUCCCCCCCUCCCUUCCUCCCUCUCUCCUCUCCUCCCGGCUGUUGAGCUGAGGGCGAGUAUUUGUCACUGUUACAUACAAGACUGUCUGUUACAUGAGAGUAAAUGGGUACGGGGGACCAAUGGGGUUGUGGAGGUUGGGAUGAGAGGGAGCGAGAGGCAGGUUGAAAAAGAUUGAUUACAGGAAUGAAAGCGAGGGUGUUUUAUCCAUCCAUUUCUUGUGAUGGUUUGUGUUUUUACUGUAGGAACUACUGAAGGGUGCAUUUUGAAGAAACUGCACUUAAGGUACUAUAGGAAUGAUUGUGUGAUUGUGUGUGUUAUGUAUGUGGGGCAGAUCACGCUUGGCCAGAGGAAGAGAUUGAGGAGAAAAAAUGCCUAAAAUAAAAUUGCAAGCAGUCUUGUUUUUUUUAAGAUGAAGGGACAAACAUACCAGUAUUUGUGUGCAUGUGUGUGUGUGUGAGAGAGAGAGAGAGGGGGGAGAAUGACGCAGACGGAGAGAAUUAAGGAAGUUUCUUCAACCUAGACCUGUAUGUCGAGAGAUUUUUGGCUGUUUGCAUUUCAACCAAAAGUUUAAAAACAUGACUAUGCUCUUACACUACAAGCUCUUAAAACAGUGCAUACACUAUUAUUACAGCAGCACUGUCUGCUAGACUACAUGAACCAAACAUAACAGAAACAAAUAGAUACUUCAGAAUCACACUUAAACACUAGGCCUGUGCAAAGGGCACCUAAGGUCCAUCAUGGCACCCAGUUCUACAAUUGGCCAAACUUCCCCUCACGGUAGAUACUGCUCAAACCUGUAGAUAACAGACAGUGCACUGAAAAGGGAGGCUGGUAGAGGGAUGUAGAGGGUAGGUGGGUAGGUGGGUAUGUAGGUGGGUAGGUGGGUAGCUGAGCUUUACUUGUACAGAAAGACGCACUAGUGAUUCAGUUCCAUAGUUACUGCGGGCGGGGCGGUGGGUGGGCAAGGGGGUCAGAACAAGGGAGGGUCACACCAAGAAUGUACAGUCAUUGUCUCGCUGAUUGGUCCUGUUAUUUCAGAGCUCUGUGUUGGCGUUUGUAUAAUCAGAUCUGUUAAUCAGUCAAAUAAAAGGUGUAUUUAUUCGGAUUCAUCCAUCUGGCUUCUCUUUGUUUUUGUUUUUUGUUGUUUUAUUUUUUGACCAGUCAUUUCUCUUCUUCUCAUUUUGAAUAAAAAGUUAUAUUUUGUGUCGGGGGAAUUGUUAUAAAGGCAAAAACUGCCUACUAGGGCUGGGCGAUAGGAUGAAAUAUAUCCCCAGAAUGAUUUUAAAAUGUCCAUACUAUAUUGUUUUCUAUCGACAUGAAGACAAACCAGCAUUAUGGCAAUUUAUAAUUAGCAGCAUAUUUCGGUACAAUGUGAAAGAUUUUGGCCGUAUUUCCCAGCCCUGCUGUUCACAGCUGAGUUUACUUCAUAUAGAAAACUGUGGUUGGACCAUGUUGGUAAGCAUCCACUUGUCGAAGUGACCUUGUGAAUUUUUUUUUGCUUUUUAAAGAAUAAAUUACUGAAAAUGAUUUAGAAAUGGCUGAAACACAACAAGCAUUUAGUGUCAUAUGCACUACUGUUUUGAGUUCAGUGCAGGCAGAAACAAAAGGAAAUGGAGGAGGAGAAGACAAAGUAACAGCUUAAAAUAAAAAAAUACAGUUCUGCAUAUUACACUGAUGAUGCUCAUUGUGUUUUCUGUGAACUCUUGGACAUAUUGAUUCUAUUAAAUCGCCAUUUGUGAUGCCCUUGAGUGUUUUUUAAUCAGCCUUGUUGAAGGCCUACUUACUAGCCUUGACAAUAACUCAAAUUUAUGAGCCUCACCACUAAGGUCAUUGCUGCCGGAUUAUUGCAUUGUAAGUGGUUUUGGGUUAUUUUUUGUUAUUAAAGGCUCUGUUGCUACUGCUGCUGUUGCCUGGCAGGUUCUGAUCUCUCACCGUUGUAAAGGGGGGCUUGGAUGAUUUGCAUUAUUUAUGUACAGUAAAUUUAUACAAUAAUACAGUGUAAUGUAUCUGAAUAAUUUCUCUGAAUAUCACGAUAGGGAUACUGUUGUGUGCAGCUUACUUUAUGGCUUCAUUCUGUAUGUAUUUUCAUCAGCUCUGAGCAGGUAAAUGGCCAACAAUACAUUUCAGAUCAUUAUCAUGAGAAGACUGGACAUUACCUCAUACCUAAUAUGCACCUGCAUGACAUUUCAAGGAAUAAGAGCGACUAACUUUGCCAAAUAAACAAAUACAUGUUUAAGAAAGGGUUUUGCUUUUCUAUUUUAUAAAUAAAUCUGGGUCUGUGUUUUUGAGGAGAGGUUGCUGAUUGCCAGUCUACUUGUUUGAUGGUGCCUUUAAGGCACAUGGUGCUUAAAAUAGUAUUUUCUGUUCGCCCUGCUACAUUUGUCAUUACUUGGGAAAAUGUAAUAGACUUGCUUCUCUCUCCGUCACAGCUGGAGACAGUGGAUGAGCUUCUUAUAGCUUCGUAUGGUUUUAUUCUGAGGGUGUGAUGUUAUAGUGCCACAUACUGACAGAAAAAGCAGAAAAUAAUGAAAAUCCAUAAGCAGUAGCUGAAAUAAAUGUCACCACCCUAUGAUUGGUUCAAUUUAAGCAGUGUAUGAAAAAUAUAUUGUCAUAUUUCCAUUUUCUCUGGCAGCAUGUGGUCAGUUAUUACACUUCCACACUCUGAGACGUGCAGCUGUUUUAUUAUUAGCCUGCUACACAUUUUUGUCACUGUUUGAAUGAUUAUAUGAAUAGAAAAUGUUCUAAGUGAUUAUUGUGGUAUAAUAAAUGGUGAUACAUUUCCUUUUCCCAGUAUUGCAGUAUCACCUUUGAAAGUU